GGCGGGCUGCAGUGGCCGCCGAGCGCCGCGAGGCUCCGUGUCGUCAUAAGGCGGCGGCCAUUUUCCCGGGCGGAGGCUGCCCGAGCGGGCGCUCGGAGAGCGGGGGCGGGCGGGCCUGAGGCGGUGCGGCGGCCGGGCGGCCUCGGCCCCCCGGUAAUCGCGUCUUCUCCCGGCGUCUCGUUUGCAGAGGGAGCACUAUGUCCGCGGAAGUCCCCGAGGCAGCCUCCGCGGAGGAGCAGAAGGAAAUGGAAGAUAAAGUGACUAGUCCAGAGAAAGCUGAAGAAGCAAAAUUAAAAGCAAGGUAUCCUCAUUUGGGACAAAAGCCUGGAGGUUCGGAUUUCUUAAGGAAACGAUUGCAGAAGGGGCAAAAAUAUUUUGAUUCUGGGGAUUACAACAUGGCUAAAGCAAAAAUGAAGAACAAGCAGCUUCCUACUGCAGCUCCGGAUAAGACAGAGGUCACUGGUGACCACAUUCCCACUCCACAGGACCUUCCUCAACGGAAACCAUCCCUUGUUGCUAGCAAGCUGGCUGGCUGAUUAAAAGAGCUGAACUGCAUGAAUCUUUCAAUUCCCAUUUUUUCUCCUUAAUAUGUUACUUUCUCUGCUUUUUAUUUCCUUUCAUUCACUAAGUCAUUUCAGAAUGACAGCUUUGCAGGUAGCGGUAGUGUGUGCUGCUAUUGUAAGGGAAUAUACAUGUGUAGAGUUUUUGAUUAGUUUAACAGUGCACUGAUAAAGAGAACAUGUUAGAGCAACAUAAAGUAAUCUACUUGAAAAUAAUUGUAUAUAUUACCUAACUCCUAGUGUAGGACUGUUUCAACAAGUAACAAGCAAGUUUUACAAUUGUAAUGUUUUGGCUUUCCUUAACUCAUCUUAAUUAUAGCUUUGUAUGUUACUCUUAUUUAAUAUAACCUCUAUUGUAUUGAUUUCUUCUGUAUUUUCCUUUUGGAUUUUGUAAAACAGAAGUUUAAGACCACAAGUUGGAAGAAAGGUUACAUUCUUCAAACAAAAAUAGAUGGGGCUCUGAAAGAUUUGUAUCUCUGCUUGAACUUGAAUGGCCUUAAACCUGUUUCAGCUUUAACAAUAGAAUUUUACUUGGGCAAUAUUUGCCCAUUCUGGUGUAACUUAUGUGACUCUAGUGCUUAACAGCUGCCGUUGAAGCUAGUUUUCUUAUUCCGUUCUAUAGUGUUAGAGUAUCUUUUGUUGAAGAUGUGAAUGAAGUGUGCAUGUGCAUUGACUGUUGAAUUCACUUUUGUGCCAUUUUUGUAAAUACAAUAGUUUUGCACAACCUCUCACAAAUGUCUGUAUUAAUUUCACAUAUUAAAAAGCAGAUGAUGUGCCAACCAGAAGCACAAGAGUUCCUACACAAAACUCUGUACGUCAUUAGAGCUUUUGUAUAGUAAGAGUAGUUUACAGUCUUGGGCUUAUAGAAUACUAAACUGAAAUCUUUGCUUAGUCUGUCAUAGACUUAAGCUUUUUCAUUUGUUAUUAAUAUCCAUGACAUUCAGUGGCCUUGUGCAGAUAUGAUAUGUUGCUUAGGCAUAUCUUUUGUCCUAUGCAGAACAUUUCAUUUUGACUUUUAUGAAAAUUGCAAUUCAUGUAAUUUAUAUAAACUUUUUUAAUGUAGAAACUUUUUACUUCCACAGUCAAUUUGGGGAACACUAGAAUAAAAGGCUUCGAUACUCUGCCUCCUGUGGCCCCUCCCUCCUUUUUUUCUUGCUGCUUUGACUCAAAUCUUGUUCACCUGUGCUGUUCAGUCUUCAGAAGCUUAGGUGUCUAUCCUCACUCUUGAAAUUUACUCUGCUGAAUGCUAUGUUUUAUAACAGAAUGAUGUUUUUCUUAUAAUUUCUUAGUUGUUAAUUAACCAUUCUUUAUCCUGUAUUACUAAUAUUUGACACUUGUUUAAAUAAAAGGAACUUUAUACUGAAACAUUUACUUGAGCAGCGUGGCCCAGGAACUCAUGUCAGGAUGAGCUGAAUUCUGGUAAAUAAUUUUAAGUACUUCUAAUGAGCUAAUAAGUGAAUUAGACUUAAGACACUUAGAAUCAUUUACGUGAUAGGUGGAACAUACUCGUAUUAAAAUAUUUAGAUAUUUUACUUCUGUAGAUGUCAUUUUAACAAAAUACCAAUUUAAUUUUACUUGUGGUUUAUCUAGAUAGUAAGAAUUUAAUUAACAGACUUUAUUGGGAUAUAGUUACUGCUCUCUUAGGAGCUCUUCACAUUGGUGUUGUAAUGCUAUAGCAUGACAUUGAAGAUCAGUAGCCUGAGAUGAUAGCAUUUUUUUUCUUUGUCUUUGACGUGCAUCGGCAUCCCUCUUUUGGGAUCUAGGCAUCUUUUCUAGAUCUUGGCUCCAUCUGUAUACUUGCUUUCCUAUGACCCCAAAUCAUUGUAAAUGGUGCCUUGAGCACAGCACCUGCACUUAAAGGCUGCCUAGCGCUGUGUAAGGCUUGCUGAUUAUCUUCCUUCUCCACAUACCCCCAAAAGGCAGAAAAGCAAUGAAAUCAGUAAUGUUCUAGUUUGUAAUUUUAAGAGUCAGUCAUAUGUAAAUAUAUUUGUUAUGGGAGCAAGUAGGUUAUUCCACUAUAUAUAAUCAUUGUAGGAUCCAUUUAAGAAUUAUGGAAUACCCCAAAGUAGAAUUUCUGUAAUAUGUAUUCCUUUUUUUUUUUUUUUUUUUUUUUUUUUUUUUUUUUUGUGACUAUUUGCAAGCUGUCACCACUAAAUUUACAUCAGAGAAGAUUAAUCUGAAAGAUCACGGAAACCAUGUUAUUCUUGACCAGGAUAGGACUCUAGACGCUGUAGUUUACAACAAAUGAUACAACCUUUGCCUAAGUUGUAUUUUGUAAAGUAUAAUGCUAAUAUUUAACCUACCUCAAAACUUGUUGAGGAUCUGUGAAAUACUGAGUAAGUGCCCAAAAUAAAAUACUGUUGAUUGUCUUUUUAUUAAAAGUAAGUUUCCUCAUUAAACCAACCUGCCUUCUGUAAAGUCACAGUGCUUAAAGUGUCAGGAUUUUCCAUUAGGGAAAGACCUGUCAAUAAGACUUUGUAGGUAUAAUAGCUUAGCCUCCAUUAUUGGUGCUUGGAAUAUAGAGGCUUUUAAUUUUUCUAUUUUUUGUUCUGCCUCAAAUCUCAGUUUAUUUAAGAUAUAUUUGCAAACUGUUUCACCAUUGCUUGAAUGAAGAUGUUGACUAGAUGAGCUUAAUUCUCCAUUUCUCUAAUUUCACAGUUGUGGUUUGAAAAAUGGCUAAUUGUCCUGUUUAAUGCAAAUGACUGUUGAAGUGAACUGAAGUUCAUGAUAACAAAUACUUGAUGAAAAUUGGCUAAAUCUGAAAUAAAGUACCUGUUUCAUGUCUAGUAGCUCUUACUUUGAUAGUACCGUUUGAGGAACAUUUCAUUUUUGAAGGCUAUAUCUGACACAAUUGUAGUUCUUGGCAUGUUGGGAUAGUAAGGAUUGUUGAAUUGUUUUGAUGAACUGGCAGUAGCAUGUUUACAGUCUAUUUACAAGUUAUUCAAUACUCCUGUGCUGCUGACCUAAAAAUAAGUCAUAACUAUUCAUCAAGACAGGCCUGGUGAAGCUUCUCUUUACUUGUUAUUACUUCAAAAGUUGGAAUUAGUUGCUCUUUUUACUUGAUGUAACAAAACCAUACCUCUGAGUAUUGAUAAUUUUUACUAAAUCGGACAUGCAUUCUUUCUCAAUCAAAAUUAGGUUUUAUCAAAGCUGAAAUGUAAUCUCUACUUAAAUUGUGCUGUAAACUUGAUGUUUGGUGAUCCAGGGGCUGGGAGCCUAUAGGAAGAGCACACCCGAGUGGCAACUAAAACAAGUUUCUCUUGGUGGCCUUUUCCCUCCCCAGCAUUCAAACACAUUUCUUGUACUUUUCAUUUUCCUUUUUCACCUCAUUGUACUUCACCCCACAUCCUUGCUUCUUAAGCCUCCAGAUGGUGUUUGUUAAAUGUUUAGUGCUGAUGAAGUGUCAACCUUGAAUAUCCUUACCAAAAUGCCACAAUUAAGGACACAUUUUUAAUUUUCUAAAACACUAUCCUAAUCUGGAUGACUAAUUUGAGUGACUGUCCCAACUCUACAACUCAGCAUAUGCACUGCCAGUCUUCCCUCAUAUCCUUUCUCCCCCUGACACUCCACCACUCCUUGUAAAAUUGGGAUCAAAGAAAUCUCAUUCCAGGAUUGUUAAUCUAAGGAUUUAAAAACACUGAUUUUAAUACUGUUUUACUAGUCUGGGCCUUUAAAGUAGGUAGACCUGUGGGUUUUAUUCUGCAUUCGCUGGUGGUCAUGAAACCAUUAAUGUAUAUUUGUAUUAUGUUACUUACCAACCAAAUUGCAUUUGAAAGAAAACACCUAAUUAAUAAGGCCUCAGAUCUGUUAUUGCAUCUCAUUUGUGAUGCAGUAUGACACUUUGCCUGUGUUAAAAGGGCCAAGAAUAAAUGCCUUUUUUGUUGAACAUGUCUAUAGAGUUGGCAGUUAAUGCUGAAAUUUGUCAAAUAGCCCUUCCAAAAUUAUACUUGUGAAAUACACAAAAAAAUAAAUUGAUCUGCUUAAUUUCUAUUGAUAUAA